AUGUCACGCAGGAAACAGAAAAGACCUCUGCAUUUUUUCAGUCCCAUCCUGAACACUUCAUGGCUACUUCAACAUGAGGAGCAGUUGGCAGUAAAGUCACUCACUUCUACUCUUGCAAAGAAUUCUUCCUCAUCCUCUGCAACGCAGAACUGCCAAUCCUCCUUGAGUUUAAACCCAUCUGUUGAGAGGCUCACAACAACCUCUCUGCCCACAGCCAGCCACCUUGCCCCUCACAUCCCCUGCCACCUCACAGACUCUCACCCUAUUCCUGACACCCCACAAUCCUCCAGUCUGUACUGUAUGUCCACCAUUCCACCAGCAGUUCCCUCCACGCACAACCACAUUCACACACUCAUGGCUUCUCCAAAGUUGGGUGUCUCAGCUACCACAACCUCUUCUUCAUCUUCCUCUUCUGCUGUUUCCCUCUGUGUGCCUCCACAUCCUGGAAGUCCCAGUCCUGUACCCGAGGGUCCCCCAAGCCCAGUUACGCCCUCUCCCAGCCCUAGCACAGCUCCUCCAGCCCCAGCAUGCGCAUCUGUCAGCAUUGCUUUUAUCCUCGAGGAACUGCGCGUGCUACAGCAGAGACAAAUUCAUCAGAUGCAGAUGACUGAAGAGAUCUGCAGGCAAGUACUGAGACUGGGAGAAGAGUCAUGUGAAAGGGAUUCAACUCCAUUCAUGCUACCAUCUCUGCCACAGCUCUGUUUAAAAGGUUCGGAUAGUAACCCUAUGCCCUCUCGGCCAAACCCAUCCCCUCCCCCUGCCUCCAUGACUCCUCUUUUGGCAUGUUUCUCAUCCCUGCUUCCCCCUCAGACCACCUCUAAGCCCUCUAAACAUACCCACCCUUUAUUAAAUGUCUUGCGCCCCCAUAAGACACAGUGUGACAGUGGGGUAAUCGCACCGGGAAAUUUCAACAGUGCUCACUCCUCCACGUCCUCAUCUGUCUCCAUGCCUGCCGCUUCAAACAUCCCACUUGCAAUUUCCCUUGGCCUACCAGGUCAGAAUUCAUAUGAGAAAUCAUCUAACAUGACAGGAGCCAGUGGGCAAGGUAGUCUGACUUUUCCAAACCAGGCUCUGUCAGUAGCUGCUGUCCCUUCAGCUCCCCCACAGGAUACAAAACUCUCUGUGCAAGGAGGUUCAACUUCGUUAUUGGCAGGACGUAUGCAGCACUCCUGUCGUUUUUGUGGAAAAGCCUUCAGCAGUGAUUCAUCCCUGCAGAUACACUUGCGCUCACACACAGGGGAACGUCCUUAUCAGUGCCCUAUAUGUUUCAGUCGUUUUACCACACGAGGAAAUCUUAAGGUUCACUUCCUGCGGCACCGUGAACAAAACCCUGAACUCUCUUUCUCUCUGUUUCCGUGUUCCCUAUUUGCAUCUGUGACCGGGGGAUCAAUGGGAGGAUCAGCACAAACGCAAACUAUCAGCUCUAACAAAAUAAGCGCUGCUCAGAAGCAUAAUAAACAGCAAGCAGAAAAUGAUUUGUGUGGUGAAGGCCUCGAGGCCUUCCCACGCACCACAGCCUCAUCUCUACCUCUGCCUCCUAGUAUUGAUCUGGCUCUGCUGACCACUGCACACUCUCUCCUUCAGCUCAAUUGUACAUCUGCUGCUGUAUCCUCUACAUCCUCUAUAGCCUCUUCAAUCACAUCCUCAUCGUCAUCAUCUCUCGCCUCAACUCUUCUUUCAGCUCCAGCCUCCUCUACUUUCUCUGUUGCUGGGGUGUAUAAAGGAUUGAAACCACAGCACUUUGAUGAGAACACCCCUCCGAUUCCUAGCUUGCUCCCCCAUUCUGCUUAUUCUCAGCUUGCUAACCUACCCAAAAUCUUUUUCCCAGCAUCUUCCACCCACCUUCACCCAGGCCACGGGUUUCUCAGGCCCACAACUCCAACAGGAUCCUUCAUGUCAACCACACAGCAACACAUCUCAUUUCCCUUAACUGCUUCUUCCACCACCACAUCCGUGACCACCCCAACAUCAGACACAUCAAAACUGCAAAGACUGGUGGAGAAGUUAGAAAAAGAACCAAAUGGUCAGCCCCAGUGGGUAUCAUCUACUGGUGAGACUUCAAACAGCAGCUUUAGUGUAGCAGGAGCAAUAAGUUGUAGCAGCGGUAGUUUAACAGGGACAAAUACAUUCAGUACAAAUGUGGUCACUUCACUUCCAUCAUCUAUGAUCCAAAUACCAUCAUCCCUCUUCGGCAAGGAGUCACCUUACCUAGGACUCAUGAAUUCUGCAGGGGCACUUGCCCCUAAUCAGUGUAGCGUCUGCCUUCGGGUGCUAAGCUGCCCAAGAGCGUUGCGUUUGCACCAGGCUACCCAUUUAGGGGAGCGUCCCUUCCCGUGCAAACUCUGUGGCCGUUCCUUCUCAACCAAAGGAAGUCUUCGAGCGCACCUGGCCACCCAUAGAGCCCGCCCACCAAACAGCCGUGCCCAAAAUUCUUGCCCACUAUGCCAGAGGAAGUUUACUAAUGCCCUUGUGCUGCAACAUCACAUCCGCAUGCAUUUAGGGGGACAGCUACCAUCAGAGCAUCUCCCUGGUACUUCAACAGAAGUUUCUGAUGCUGCUUCGGAAACCAACCCUAGCACUACUGAUGCUCAGUUAUUACAUUCAGAUAUAGAAACAGUGUUGGAUUCUAGAUGCUCAUUCAACAGUCAUCUAAUCGCAGUCAAUACUGCUCCCACAGGAUCUCCUGUGACUGCCGGCCUGCCUGGUUCACUUAGCCCAGGUCCCAUACAACCUUUCGACCUAAGCCUUGACCUCUCCAUAAACCCAACCCCGCAUUCACCUCUAACUAGCAAAGAUGAUGCCCCUGAUCUCUUUGUUAGUCUACCGUCUGCUGUAGAAUCUGCUGCCUCCCUUGCCUCUCCAGUGUCCCACUCAGUCUCAGCAACAUCAGAUCCUUCUGCCACUGAUGACCUUUCCAACAACACUGAUAAACAAAGUUUGGGCUCCUCUACUUCUGUGAAAGCCAACGUGCAGAGAGAAGAAUGUGAAUUUAUGAGUGAAAAUAGAUCACCCUUGAUGAAUCCCUUCACUGGAUCAAGAUCUAACUUGGAAGAUCUUCUUAAUGUUCAGGCUCAUAAUGCAUCAAGGGUUUCUCGGCCACAUCCAGCAUCAACAUCACCUUCUCUUCUUCCAUUCAGCACUGAGAGUCUGACUUCUCACACAGCGAGCCGAAUGGAAUCUGAUCAUGGGCUUGUCCAAACAUACAAAUCAAUCUCUCAAGAUUUCAGUAAGGAGGAAAAGAUUGAUGACAAAAUAUAUAAAACCCCAAAGAAUGAUCAAAGGGCAACUCCAGAUCUGAGUGUUAACAUGAAUAUAGUAUCAGACGCUUUUGACAAUACAAGUGAAGAUGCGACUGAGACCGCAUCUGAGGAACCAGAGGCAAAGAUACAGAAGACAACAAAGGAUGGUCAAUGUAGUUCAACUGCAAAGGAUGAAGUUGACAUUAAAGAUGCGCUGGCAACUGAAAAAGACAGAACAGAACCAAACAUAUGCAUGUCACUGACUCCUAGUCUUCCACCUCCCAUGCCAGAGAAGAAAACCUACCAUUGUUCUGAAUGUGGAAAAGAGUAUGCAAGUCGCAGUGGAUUGAAGGGACAUAUGAAGCACCACGGAGGAGUUGCGAAGGCACAUCGAGCUCCUGCAAGAAUGAAGGGACCGGAGAGAGUGUCGCAGAAUGAGCGACCACAAGGAUACCAUUCAAGUCAUCUGCCACCAGGACAACAAUGAGUUUCUUCAGCCAGCACCUGUUAAAGAACUUUCCGUAAACACAGGAAAAGCAAAAUAAAUCUAAACAACAAGUCUCACACAUCUAUAAGCACACACAGUAACUCAUGCAGAGUCAUUUCGUGGCUUUUUUCAAACAGAAAAAGUUACAGAUCAUGCACACAGACCCUAAUUUUAUACUAAAACAUACAGUAAGAUGGUGAUAAUAACAAAAUACGAUGUCAUAUAUUAAAGGUGCAUUGUGUAACUUUUAGAAGGAUCUCUUGACAGAAAUGCAAUAUAAUAUACAGUACAGUGCAAAAGUCUUAAAGGUGACAUUUCACAAGACAUUUUUAAGAUUUAAAGGGACAUUCCACUUUUUUAAAAUAUGCUAAUUUACCAGCUCCCCUAGAGUAAAAUAAAGCAAUAAACCCCGAGAAGCAGUGGGUUACCAGUGCAUUUUAUAACAGCUAAGGGGCGUUGUUAGGCACGACGCGAAGCGGAGUGCCUAAACCCCCUUAGCUGUUAUAAAAUGCACUGGUAACCCAACGCUUCGAGGGGUUUAUUGCGUUUAUAAAACGGUUACUUCAUAUGCAUAACGUUAGCGGGAUUUUAUAAAAUAAAACCCAAAAAAGUUG